GUGCUUAAAUCAAAGGUCAGUGAGUGUUUAUGUGAGGGAGGGCGCGUGCGCGCGGAAGUGGUGGGCGGAGCCUAACCCGCAGGUGUUUGAACGCUCACCUGAGUGAGUUUGAAACGCGUGAACUGACCUCAAACGGAGUUAAAACAUGAAUCUUUCUGCCUCGGUAUCGUUCCGUAUACAUUCAACGCAUGCUUCGUGACAGAACUGCAAUUUUAUUUUGCAUACUUUCUUUAUUCGUUCAAAUGUUGGCAAACAGUGGAUUUUAAUAACAAUUUAAGAUGGAUUAACAGAAGACACGGUGAGAACAUGAGGAGAUGUGUUGAGGAAUAACAGAGAAAUAUACUGACAGAAUAAACCAGCAACAUGACGAAACUGCUGACCUGCAUCAGUGUGAUCGUCUUCAGAUUGAUGGUCUGUGUUCACAGUGAGUUCAUCGAGCCGUCUCCGUCCCUGGCCCUGCGCUCGUUCUCCGGCACGCAGACCCGGCUGCCCUGCCGCUUUAAGGUGGAGGCCGAUGAAAAAGCGGUGCAAGUGACCUGGUCCAGACAGAAACCAGGAGGAGAACGAGAACAGAUUAUCAUUGGACACUAUACUGAAGGACCUACAGUGUCUCCUGAUUUUCUGAAUCGUGUUCAGUUUGAGAGCUCCGACCCGACCGUCGACUCCACACUGUUAAUUCUGAACACGAAGAAGGCCGAUCAGGCCACAUACACCUGCCACGUCUCCAUCUUUCCCUCCGGAAGCUUCGAGAGAGACAUCAGCCUGACCGUCUGGAUUUUGCCGAUCUCCUCUCUGGAGCCGGUGAUUCUGCAGGAAGGCCAGUCGUUCCGCGCCGCUGCUCUCUGUCGUGCGGUUGGACACCCUCCGCCGCGUUUGUCCUGGGACACGGAUCUUCCCGGGCAGUCGCAGAACCGGACCGGAGAGGAUGGAGUCGUAACCUCGCAGUUUUCCCUGCAUCCGCUGCGCAGCAUGAACACACAGCGGCUGGACUGUCUGGUGUGGCAUCCGGCUCUGGACGGCCCGCACAGAAUCAGCAACAAGCUCGUGGUGCACUUUCCUCCUGAUGCAGUGAUUGUUGAUUCUGGUUCCUGGAGAAUCGGUCACUCGGGAUCAGAGCUCAGAUGUGUGGUUAAAGGAAACCCGCUGCCACAAAACGUCACAUGGAGCAGGAAGGACGGCCGUCUGCCGGUGGGAGUGUUGGUUAAGGAGGACAGACUGGUGUUUGUUAGGCCUCUGAACGUGACGGAUGAAGGCGUGUACAUCUGCCAGACAGCAAACAGCGUGGGAAUCUCUAAAGCCGAGUUUAAAGUGGAGAUCGGAAAACAUGCGCCUGAAUUCGCUCACGCUCUGGGAAGCCUGUCAGAGACUCUCCUCAUCAUCGUAGGAGCGUCUGUCGCCGGAGUUUUGGUGGUCGUCGUCGUGAUUGCCAUCAUUUUCAUUAACUGUCACCUCAGACGCAAGAACAGGAAGCUUAAACGAGCGCUCAGCACCAGAAUGGAGGAGAUGAUCAGUCUGUCACGACAGGUGUCUAUGAGGAGACUCAACUCCAUCAACGGUGAUCCCAGGACGGCGCCGGAGGAGAGUUCACUGUUUCAGAUGGACAGUGUGACGAAGGGCAGUGUUUUAUCGGUGGAGGAUCGUUCAUUGCUGAGCGACGUGAAAGGCAGACAUGGAGACGGAGAGUAUGACACUCUGGGACGUCCCGCCAUCUACACGCCAUACCGGCCGGAGCGAACCAGUAAGAAGAUGAGAGAGAUCGAGGAGAAAAAUGAGCGCAGAUGGAGAGUCGAGUCCUACAUCAAAUCCAGCAAUAUGUCGCUGGAUUCAGGGCUUCACCGGGAUCAGAGUUCUCCUGCUCCUCCGUCCGUGAGCUCGGGUCCGACUGCAGAUGCGAUCGGUGACGGAUGGAAGCGCGGCUCGCGCCGAGAGAUUCACCGAGCGGAGCGUGAGAAAGACAUACAGCGAGAGCGAGUUCCUGAAGGAGAAGAAGAAAGCUCCUAUCACCUCUCCGAGGCCACUUCCAACUACUUCCAGUGCAGCAACGGCGGACUGACGCCGAAAGCAAACCCCAACGCCAUCAUCAUACACUCACGAGGACAGGUCAUAUGAUCAACACACCGUCACGAUCGUCAGUGCAUGCAGCAUAGUUCAUUAUCUGUAAGAACCUUAAAAACUCUUAAAGGGACAGUUCACACACAAACUAUCAUUUACUCAAACUCUCAUGUCAGUCAAACCUGCGUGACUUUCUUGUGUUUUGUAAAACAUCCAUGCUAAAAAAAAACAGUCAUGCAUAUCAAUUGUGCAUGAUAUUCUUAUCGAUUCCAGUGGGGCUAAAAAAAAUCAUUUAGAUAUCAAACGUGUUUAUUCUGUCUCUCGUUUUGCAAAACGUUUAAUUGCUGCUGAAUACCAUGAACACAAAUCAGCCGGCUGCAAAUCACAAAGCUGUUUGUGUGCAAAAGAGAGCUGCAUGAUUCUUUUCACGAUUUAUUUUUUUUAAAUGGGGGUUGUAGUUCUUUCACAAUUCUGAAGAAAAAAAUAUUAGAUUAAAAACUAAACAAUGGAAUUUAUGAAUGAAAUGAUUCAACAACUCACUGAAGAUGAACUUGUUUCAUUACUGGAUUGAUUUGAAUGAAUGAUUCAAAGACAAAUAGAUUUUUAACAGACACUUUUCUCAUUUUCAUUUAGUUUAAGGACUAAAAUAACUAAAUCUAAAAAUUUUAUAAAAUUCAUAAACUAUAUGGAUAUUUAAAAAACAUACAAAACCAUAAAAUAUGAAAUUAAACUUAUUUUAGUUCAGCUGCCAAUGCAACAUUUUUAUUUAGUUUAAAUUGAAGUACUAAAAGAACUGAAAUAAAAACGUGUGCGUAUAAAAAAAAAUUAAAUUAAAAAUAUAUAUAAUUUUUUUUUUUGAAUGAAUGAAAAAUUAAUAAAAUGAAAACAAAAUAUGAAAAUAAAACCUAAUGCAAAAUAAUAACACAAAUAUAAUAGUAUCUCAGUGAUACUAAAAUAAUACUGGUUCAUGUUAGUUCACAGUGCAUUAACUAAUGUUAACCAAUAGAACUUUUAGAUUUUAAGAAAGCAUUAUUAAAUAUUGAAAUUAAGAUCAAUAAGUAUAGAUCAUUGUUAGUUACAUUUACAUUUAUGCAUUUAGCAGACGCUUUUAUCCAAAGCGACUUACAUUGCAUUCAAGUUACAGUUUUUACAUUUUAUCAGCUCUUGCUUUGCCUGGGAAAAGCAAGCAAGUUACUAAUGUUAACGAAUGAGAAAGUGUCAGCGAGUUUGAUAAUUGCUUCUAUUAUAUAGCCAAGAUUAUAUAAAGAUUCCUCGGAUUCUGUGUUUAAUAGCUGAAUGAAACUCAUACGGGUUUGGAAUGACAUGAAGGAUGAGUAAAUGAGUUAAUUUUAUUUUUUAUUUUUUAUUUUUUUUGAACUGUUCCUUAUUAAAUCAGGCAAUCAGCACAAACUCUGGUUUAUAAGCGGAUGUGAAGAUGAAACGAGGAACGCUCACGGAUCUCAUGAGACGCUUCAGCGAGACUCCAACACGGACGUUUAUACACAUGUUUCUACUGAACCAAGUCUUGCUGAUCUGAUUGGUUCCUGGUUUAGACUCGGUCUACCUCUGCAGAACUCAGUGCCAACUCAACAAAAACUGAUAUUAUUAUGGUACUUUUAUGAUACUUUCUUGUAUUAUAUUGUAUAAUCAACGAGACUGCUACAUACAUGCACCACACUUUCAUGUUUGUUCGAAUUGUCACCAUUUAAAGUCCAUAAAUGGUUGAUUCCAUAUUAAUCUGUCAUAAUAUCUUUAUAGUAUACUUACAUUAUGUGAACAGUUUAGAAUAAAUAAGAUUUUGAAUAUUUUUUUUAAGAAUUUUUUUUUUAAAGAAGUCUCUGCAUUUAUUUGAUCAAAAACACUGUAAAAAUGUGAAAUAUUAUUACAAUUUCAAAUAGCUGUUUUCUAUGUGAAUAUCUGUUAAAAAUGUAAUUUAUUUCUGUUGAUCAAAGCUGAAUUUUCAGCAUCAUCCUUCAGGAAUGAUUCUAAUAUGCUGAUUUGCUGCUCAAGAAACAUUUCUGAUUAUUAUCAAUGUUCAGUUUUGAUCACAGAAAUAAAUAACGUUUUACAAUAUAUUCACAUAGAAAACAGCUAUUUUUAAGUGUAAUAAUAUUUCACUUUUUAACUGUAUUUUUGAUCAAAUAAAUGCAGCUUCGGUGAGCAGAAGAGACUUCUUUAAUGCAAUCUAAAAUAUUUCUAUUUGACGUCAGUUUCAGCUAUAUAACAUUUUUCCUUUACAAAAGCGUUUUCUUUUACCAGUCACUGCAGUUAUUGUUCCUACUGUUAAGACGCGUAUUAAUAUAGAUCUCCAGUGUAGCUGAUACACAGUUUUAUCACUUUGUUAGAAAACAUGAUAAAUUUCUGUAAAGGGUUAACAGGUUACUUCUCUACAAUCCACCCAGGAAACUACUGAACUUACCACUUUGUUCAGUGACAUUUUGGACCGAUUUAUAUAUAUAUACUUUACAAAAACUCCAACACUGUAUUAUUAUUAUUUUUUAUACAGUAUUGCACUAUCUGUAAAUG